AACUCUAUUUAUUAGUGUCAAAUUCUAUAAUCCUCACUCAUCCUCAUCCACCUCCACACUUAGAUAACAUUGUUAGCAACGAAGAAACUCUCUCCAAACUGCUUCAAGAGAGAUAGAUUAGUUAGCACCAUGGAUGAUUCAGUGAGAGUGAUCUCCACAAGCAUAAUCCAAGCACCAAGUGACAACAAUAACAACAACAAUCGAAACUCAACUAACUUUCAGAAAAUCCAUUUAACACCAUGGGAUCUCCAAUAUUUCCCACAUGAAGCCAUUCAAAAAGGCCUUCUUUUCCACCAACCAAUUGAUCCAUCAAAAAACCAAAUCCAUCAUUUGAAACAAACCCUUUCCACCACUCUUUCUUUCUUUCCACCACUCGCCGGCCGUCUGGUAAUCACUCAACACAAAGAAGAAGAAAACAACACCACCUCAUCAUCAUGUUACAUCAUCUGCAACAACGUUGGCGCGCUCUUCGUCCACGCCAAAGCAGAAAAGACUAGCGUUUCCGACAUCCUUCAACCCAAGAACCACUUUGUACCUCCCAUUGUGUACUCUUUCUUCCCUCUCAACGGCGUCAAAAACUGGGAAGCCACUUCCCAGCCUAUUCUUGCUGUCCAAGUAACGGAGUUACUGGACGGUCUCUUCAUAGGCUUCACAAUAAACCACGUUGCAUCAGACGGGAAGUCCUUUUGGCAUUUCAUCAAUUCUUGGUCUCAAAUCUCACGAGGAGAUUCUUUAAACAAAUAUCCGUCACUCCAACGCUGGUUUCCAAACGACGUUCAUCAACUUCCAAUACGUUUCCCUUUCACAGCUGAAUUCACUCAUAGCUCCAAGUCCACGAACAUAGCUGAAAGAGUUUUCCAUUUCACAAAGGAGAAGAUCGCCGAACUGAAAUCAAAAGCAAACACAGAAACUGAAACUGAGAAUGUUCAAAUAUCUUCGCUUCAAGCGGUAUUAUCUCAUGUUUUACGUUCUGUGGUUCGUUGCGAAAGACUUGAUCCUCAACAAGACGUUCUUUACAUAUUGGUGAUCGGGGUUAGGCCAAGGAUGAUUCCACCGCUCGAAGAUGAAUAUUUCGGAAACGCGGUGUUGCUCUGUGGUUUCACGAUGAAAGCAUGGGAGAUUUUAGAGUGUGGGAUUGGAAAGGUGGCAUUGGAGAUGAACAAGAUGAUUUCCGUAAAUUCUGAUUAUGAGAAAAUGAAAAACAGAUACCAGUGUUGGUUGACAAACCCGAAGUUGCUUACAAGUGGUGACUUCACUCGUUGUUAUACAUUGACAACAAGCAGUUCUCCGAGGUUUGAUGUUUAUGGUAAUGAUUUCGGCUGGGGAAAGCCGGUGGCAGUUCGAUGUGGGGGUGCGAAUAAAAGAAACGGCAAGAUUGCUGUGUUUACUGGAGCAGAAGAGGGCAGUAUAGACAUUUCAAUGACUCUUCCUUAUGAGAUCUUGGAGGCCAUGGGAAAUGACACUGAGUUCAUGCAUUAAUGUGUGUCUAUCUUAAUUUCAGUAAAGAGCAGAGCUUUAAACCAUAUUACUCGAUCGAUGGUGUCGUAUCAGUGUAGUGCCUCAGAAGUUCCGUUUCGCCAUAGUUUCUGCAAUUAUCGUCAUUUCUGAUUCCGCAACAGAACAGUGUCGCCGUAUGUGGGAAGUGAUUUCUUAUUCCUACGAUUUCUAGAAUUUCACGUUCGAUCCUCACAUCUAAGCUCCGAAGAGAUAUUCGGCAAAGAAAUCGGAGUUUCAAGAAGCAGUAAUCUCAUACCUGUGUUGUUUGAAUCCACCGAGCUCCAAUCUGACAUCGAACAAACAGUUACUUUCGAAACGAGGCCAACAGGAAUCUCGGAUCGAGAUUCCAUCAUAGAACGACCAAGUCAACCGGGGGCAUCAACCUAGACGCCUUCAGGUUCAGAUUCAGAUUCGCAAAUCCAAGGUCGGUCUGGUAUUAUGUCACCCUCAGUCGAGCGAUGCCACAUGUCUGAUCUCGCCAAACACACCUUCGUUCGGGUUUCAUCAAUUCGAGGAAGAACUCAGUCCAGACGCGAGCAAGGUCAGAAUGAGUCACCCCAAGAGGUGCGUCGGGUACGACACCAUCCUAGGCAGCUAGCGUUGGGUAUCUCAUCAUCAUAAAAACAAAAGUCCGAUCCCGGACAAUCAACUAGGCUUUGGGACCCCAGAAUGCUAAGAGACUUACGAGAUGAGGAGCACCCCAAAUGUGAGGUAACUCGGGAAUUCAAGCUACUGGUUGGGCGCCACCCAUCGACCAUAUACUCCUUCCAACACCUAGGAUCCCUUACAAGGGAAAUGCAUGACGCAGAACUAGUGCGCAACUUCUAAAGAUGGGUGUCAGCCCAAUUUAGCCACGGGUCCGUCCCAAGCCAAGGGCCCGACCUUCUAGAGUCAGUCGAGCAUCAAACCACCCGGAUACCACAUCCUAAGAAAGUGUCUGGUAUACACUUGCGUCCGACUGGAAGAUUUAAUUAAUAUAUUUGUAAAAUAAUUAUAUAAUAGUGAAAUGAAAAAUAUAUAUACACAUUACUAUUA